AUGCCGUCUGGUCGAAGCCAGUUGGUGGCACUGCACUGCUGGCGAGGCGCAAAGCCGGCUGCCCUGGGUCGUAGCCGCGGGCGGACAGGCAAUUUUGGCAUGCUUUGCUGGCAGCGAGACUCAACGCCCAGCCUGGCCACCAGCUGCUUAGUUGGGAUUGGCCGUGUCUCGUCGCCAAGCCUGCCGGGCCUAGCCUUGUUGGAAGAGCGCCGGCUCAGUAGGUUGUGGUCGUUGUGGCCACUGCGGCGGCGACGCCACGAGUUCGAUAAACAAAGUCUAGCUGUGCUUCACAGCUACAAAGACGCAAAGCAUUCAUUUCGCAACGUAAUGUUAUCCAUCUAA